UCGGACCGGCGCUCUCCAGAGCCCGGAUUCUCUUUGUUCCGCAGCCAUUUCAGGCCCCGGACGCGAGGCAGCGUCGCUUCGCUUCGGCAGAGGGCCCGAGCGCCGGAGGCCUCUGGGAUGGUGUGGGAUCGGCAAACCAAGAUGGAGUAUGAGUGGAAACCUGACGAGCAAGGGCUUCAGCAAAUCCUGCAGCUGCUGAAGGAGUCGCAGUCCCCGGACACUACCAUUCAGAGGACCGUGCAACAAAAACUGGAACAGCUCAAUCAGUAUCCGGAUUUUAACAACUACUUGAUUUUUGUUCUUACAAAAUUAAAAUCUGAAGAUGAACCCACAAGAUCAUUGAGUGGUCUCAUCUUAAAGAAUAAUGUGAAAGCACAUUUUCAGAACUUCCCCAAUGGUGUAACGGACUUCAUUAAAAGUGAAUGUUUGAAUAAUAUUGGUGACGCCUCUCCCCUGAUCAGAGCCACUGUGGGUAUUUUGAUUACAACCAUAGCCUCCAAGGGAGAAUUGCAGAAUUGGCCUGACCUCUUACCAAAACUAUGUAGCCUAUUGGAUUCUGAGGAUUACAACACCUGUGAAGGAGCUUUUGGUGCCCUUCAGAAAAUAUGUGAAGAUUCUGCUGAGAUUUUAGAUAGCGAUGUUUUAGAUCGCCCUCUCAACAUCAUGAUUCCCAAAUUUUUACAGUUCUUCAAGCACAAUAGCCCCAAAAUAAGAUCUCAUGCUGUGGCAUGUGUCAAUCAGUUUAUCAUCAGCAGGACUCAAGCCCUGAUGAUGCACAUCGAUUCUUUUAUUGAGAAUCUCUUUGCAUUGGCUGGUGAUGAAGAACCAGAGGUACGGAAAAAUGUGUGCCGAGCACUUGUGAUGUUGCUUGAAGUUCGAAUGGAUCGCCUGCUUCCUCAUAUGCAUAAUAUAGUUGAGUACAUGCUGCAGAGGACCCAAGACCAGGAUGAAAAUGUGGCUCUGGAAGCCUGUGAAUUUUGGCUCACUUUGGCUGAGCAGCCAAUAUGCAAAGAUGUGCUUGUGAGGCAUCUUCCUAAGUUGAUUCCUGUGUUAGUGAAUGGCAUGAAGUACUCAGAUAUAGAUAUCAUCCUCCUUAAGGGUGAUGUUGAAGAGGAUGAAACUAUUCCUGAUAGUGAACAGGAUAUAAGGCCGCGCUUUCAUCGGUCAAGGACAGUUGCUCAGCAGCACGAUGAAGAUGGAAUUGAAGAGGAAGAUGAGGACGAUGAUGAAAUUGAUGACGAUGACACAAUUUCUGACUGGAAUCUAAGAAAAUGUUCUGCUGCUGCCCUAGAUGUUCUUGCAAAUGUUUAUCGUGAUGAGCUACUGCCUCAUAUUCUGCCCCUUUUGAAAGAACUACUUUUCCAUCAUGAAUGGGUUGUUAAAGAAUCGGGCAUCUUGGUUUUAGGAGCAAUUGCUGAAGGUUGCAUGCAGGGCAUGAUUCCAUACCUGCCUGAGCUCAUUCCUCAUCUUAUUCAGUGCCUCUCUGAUAAAAAGGCUCUUGUGCGUUCCAUAACAUGCUGGACUCUUAGUCGAUAUGCACAUUGGGUAGUCAGCCAGCCACCAGACACGUACCUAAAGCCAUUAAUGACAGAGUUGCUAAAGCGUAUCCUGGAUAGCAACAAGAGAGUACAAGAAGCUGCCUGCAGUGCCUUUGCUACCCUAGAGGAGGAGGCUUGUACAGAACUUGUUCCUUAUCUUGCAUACAUACUUGAUACCCUGGUCUUCGCGUUUAGUAAAUACCAGCAUAAGAACCUACUCAUUCUUUAUGAUGCCAUAGGAACAUUAGCAGACUCAGUAGGACAUCAUUUAAACAAACCAGAAUAUAUUCAGAUGCUAAUGCCUCCACUGAUCCAGAAAUGGAACAUGUUAAAGGAUGAAGAUAAAGAUCUCUUCCCUUUACUUGAGUGCCUGUCUUCAGUUGCCACGGCCCUGCAGUCUGGCUUCCUUCCAUACUGUGAACCUGUGUAUCAGCGUUGUGUAAAUCUAGUACAGAAGACUCUUGCACAAGCCAUGCUAAACAAUGCUCAACCAGAUCAAUAUGAGGCUCCAGAUAAAGAUUUUAUGAUAGUGGCCCUUGAUUUGCUCAGUGGCCUGGCUGAAGGACUUGGUGGCAACAUUGAACAACUAGUAGCUCGAAGUAACAUCCUAACACUAAUGUAUCAGUGCAUGCAGGAUAAAAUGCCAGAAGUUCGACAGAGUUCAUUUGCCCUGUUAGGUGACCUGACUAAAGCCUGCUUUCAGCAUGUAAAGCCUUUUAUAGCUGAUUUUAUGCCUAUAUUGGGAACCAAUCUAAAUCCCGAGUUCAUUUCAGUCUGCAACAAUGCCACAUGGGCAAUUGGAGAAAUUUCCAUUCAAAUGGGUAUAGAGAUGCAGCCUUAUAUUCCUAUGGUAUUGCACCAGCUUGUAGAAAUCAUAAACAGACCCAACGCACCAAAGACGUUGUUAGAGAAUACAGCAAUAACAAUUGGUCGUCUUGGUUACGUUUGUCCUCAAGAGGUGGCCCCCAUGCUACAGCAGUUUAUAAGACCCUGGUGUACUUCCCUGAGAAACAUAAGAGACAAUGAGGAAAAAGACUCAGCAUUUCGUGGGAUUUGUACCAUGAUCAGUGUGAAUCCCAGUGGCGUCAUCCAAGAUUUUAUAUUUUUUUGUGAUGCUGUUGCAUCAUGGAUUAAUCCAAAAGAUGAUCUCAGAGACAUGUUCUGUAAGAUCCUUCAUGGAUUUAAAAAUCAAGUUGGGGAUGAAAAUUGGAGGCGUUUCUCUGACCAGUUUCCUCUUCCCUUAAAAGAGCGUCUUGCAGCUUUUUAUGGUGUUUAAUAUAAUACACUUAGGCUGCAGUCCCAAAAUAAGGGGUCCUCCAGUCUUGGAGACUAUGAGGGAGCCUCUGCACCAGGGAAAAUGUUACCCUUUACAGGGGGGAAGGGUAAACCAGUAGGGAAUACAGUACAAUCCCAACCCUACUGGGCGGGGCGGGAGGGAGGUGUUGCCGUCACUGUAUUAGGUCGAUGUUGGGAAACGUUUUAACAUCUGGAGCCUUUUGUGGGUGGAAAUCUGUCUCCAGUUACAACUCCACACUGGAUGUGAAGAAGCAAAAAACCAAAUCUAUUCAGUCUACUCACAAAGCAGUACAUUCUGGAAUAUUAUGGGGAAUUGUAUCAAAACAAGAACCAUAUAAAUGAUGCGUAGGGAAAAGAGAGGAACAAUUCUGUAGCGCACAAUAAAAGAAACCUAAGAAUGGGGGUUAUGUAUGGUAAAGAAGCUUUUUCUUUUUAAUUUAAAGGUUUUUAUAUAAAUGUUCCCGCAUUAUGGGGCUGUGUUUUGCAUGCUGAUGAAGAGCUACACAAAGCUAAUAAAGUUAAAAUCAGCUUGCCUUCCCAUAGUAGAAGCAGGUUCUUGGAAAAUACAAUUUAAGGUACCCCCCAGAAAAUGUUGGAAAUAAAACAAAACUAAUUUGAACAACGAAGCACCCUGUGAAAUGCCAAAUGAGUCACUCCUUUUACCUUUGCGGGGUGGGCAGGGAGGGAGGAAUAGGUGGGGUUGGGCAUAUCAAACUAAAGUUGACAUCUUAAUUUUGCAUUAAACAUUAGUGGAUAUAAUUUGAUGGUUGUACUUCAUUAGAUUUAAUUUCUAGGCCAACACAUGUUUUAAAGUGCAGUUUAAGGUUCAGGCAUGCAUUCUGGCUCAUAGUGAUUGAAAGUAAUUUAAAUUAGUGGGAAAGUAGCAUGCUUGCAUCACGUAGAGUGAGGUUGGUAUUCAUUUACCUAUGUUGCGCCAGUUUGUCUUGCAGUUUACCAAUUCAGUAUAGCCCUGCAUUUAAAUUUUUUUAAGAUUUAUGGAUUUUAUUUUUAUUAAGAAUAUAGAUAUAUAAAGUACUGUAGUUUACAGCUAGGCCUUGCAAUAUCUUUUUAGGAUCUGUUAGGAAUAAGAUUGACAUUGUAUUGUGUGUAACCUGCACAAUGUGGAAAGCUGAUAUACCUGUGCAAAACCUUUGCCUCUGUGCUGUCAGUGUGAUGUGCUUUCUGCAUGGUUAUAUACUACUAGUGAUUUCAUCAAAACUUCUAAAAUUUAAAUUACAUGGUAAAAAGUUCUGUAAAAGGCUGCAUAAGUGUUAGUUGGCACAUAAAGACAAUUGUAGAAGUUGAAAAUGAUUGCUAUAAUUGAUUGUUUAUUCCCACUCAGCAUAUUGCCUUCUAAACUUUACUUUUUUUGUUCAAAGCAUGAUCUUAAAGAUAUGUUUAAGUUAAUGGAUGUAAUGCAGGGUUCCUACACUGUUGGCGCAUGUUGGUGGCCCUCUGUGCCCUAGAUAUAAUGCACACAGGGUGCAAGUUAAAAGCUACAGAGUGAAAGUUGGUUUGGAUCCUCUUCAUUUCAUUUGUUUAGCUUUUCUGUUAUUUUUCUCUACUUACCAUGUAUUCCUGUGAAUAAAUCCUUGUUAAGUUAAUGCUUUA